AUGUCUGUUCCCGUCGAUCCGGGCGUAGACAUGAAGCUCCUACACAGUAUACGAUUUGUAUCGUAUUUCGAUGUUAUUGCUGCCGCACUGUAUAUAUGGGACUACUUAAUAACCUUCGACAUGGAGGUUGAUCUAGUAUGGAGAUCGAAAUGGAACACUAUGAAAGUGCUAUUUCUCGUCCAACGGUAUCUCCCAUUCGCAGACACCGUUUUCCUUGUUCUCUUCCAGAAAGUUGGUCGCAACUUGUCUAUCUCAGACUGUCAGCAGGUCUAUCAAGCACUGGGAUGUCCGUUCAUAUUGAAACAAACACGUGAAGAGUCCGCUGAUCUCAGGUGUAGGGAUGAUGCUAUUGGGGACAGCGUUAUGCGAAAUACUUCUCGGUCUACGAGCAUGGGGCGUCUGGAACCGCGAGCCCCGCGCAACUAUCAUCUUGUGCACGACCUUUAUCGUAUUAUGGGUUCCUGA